UCUGGUGUGAUGGCUGUAAGAAUCACAUAGGCAUGGGGGUUCGAUACAAUGCGGAAAAGAAGAAAGUGGGCAAUUACUACACUACACCAAUAUACAGAUGCCUGUGAUUAGCUGCUGUCGCUGUGAUUGACGAGAGAGAGAGAGAAUGCUGCCCUCUCACAGCUCUGGAUUCAUUUUUCCGUCACUCGGAAGCUUAUUGUUCUUUAAAACAGAACGAAACACAUUUUAUUUUUUUAGUCAGAAUCGUCACAAUAAACUGAUUGCAUAGUAAAGAACAAUAGAAUAGAGACCAUCUUAGUUAAGUAGUCGUUAUUUGUCUCACAUACAUUACUGCAUAGCGAAAUUCUUUCUUCGCAUAUCCCAUCCUUGGAGGUUGGGGUCAGAGUGCAGGGUCAGCCAUGAUGCAGCGCCCCUGGAGCAGGGUGGCCUUACUCAAGAGCCCAAAGGUGGCUGCUUGGUGUUGCUUCAACCCCAAUCUUCCAUUCAAUGACCCAGAGCCUCAACCACUUGAGCCACGGUCGCCCCAGUCUUUCUUUUAAUUGAAUACAUUUGUUCAAAAUGAACUCUGUGUUCUAGGGACAGAUGUCGUGUAACAUGAUUAAUAAUUCUCUAUUUAUUUCUAAUAAUUUGGGAUGCCACUAGUUGAAGUUGGUAGAGCAUGUAUUAUCAAAAUCGUGUAUAUAUUUUUUUAAUCUGUAGGUUCAGAAUGAAGUGCCACCUGUGUGUGAACUACAUCGAGAUGCAGACAGAUCCAGCCACGUGCGAUUACGUCAUCGUGAGCGGUGCAAGUCGCAAAGAGGAGAGAUGGAACAUGGCUGAGAAUGAGCAAAUACUCACCACUGAGCACACGGAGAAGGAAAAGCUCGAGACUGAUGCCAUGUACAAGCUGGAUCACGGCGGGAAAGACAAAGAGAAGCUGCGUGCCGCCAUUCCGUCUCUGUCUGAGCUGCAAGAGCUCCAGUCUGGAUGGAAGGACGACUUCGAGCUCAACAGCGCCCUCCGCAGGAAGUUUAGGGUAGAGAAGAAAGCCAUAUGUGAAGAGGAGGAGGAGGACAAGGCCAUGAGGAAGAGGAUGGGUCUGUCUAUACCUUUGGUACCGGAAAAGGACGAAGAUAAAAAGCUGGCCUCGCUCCUCACCUUCCAGACCCCUGACUCAUAUGAGGACAGACAGCAUAUGAAGAGGCAGCAGAUCUCCUCUCGCUCCUGGUUUUCUCUGUCUUCCUCCACUCCAUUGGGCAGCGCUGUAGGAAACCUCCUGAACAAACUGGGCCAGAAGGGCAGAGAUGCCGCUGCUUCCAAAGCUCUGAACGCCUCACCCAGCAGCUCCCUCGUCCGUAGGAGGUCAGACGGUGGCGUCUCGGCCGCCGACAAUCCAAUCCAGGCGUCCUGUUCCUCUCAGGAGUCUAUUUCAUGUCCCAGCCUGACCACGGAAAACGUGGAAUCGUCUCACGGGCGGUGUCCAGAGGAGAGACAGGACACAGGCAGAGUAACCACAGAGGAGACGGCGGGAAAGUCAGCUCCAGAGGUCCAUUGUGGGGUUGAAGGACACAGUAGUGCUGAAUCUUGCACUACAAAGUCAUUAGUGGCGGAUUACAGUGACUCUGACUCUGAUUCGGGUCAGUGAGGAAGCGUGGGAAUGGACCGAAAUGAAAAUAAAUAAUUUAUAUGUGUUAAUAGAAGACAAGAGGACGACUGAUAACGUGGGAUAUGUCAAAACUGUACAAAUAGAAUACAAACAUAAACCAUGUCACUUCCAUGAACUCUCAUACAGUCAGCUGCAGAAUUUUUGGCACCUUUUGUCGUUCUAAAACUACAUUGACGCUUCAUUAUUCAUAUUUGGAGAAAAGUUUACUGUGAAUGAAUGUACAUAGUGAAACAUGCCGUGAAUCGGUUUUGUACUGUAACAAUAAAUCAAUAUCGGUGUUUAUCGAGA